UCAUCAUCAUCACCUCUGAUUCAAACCACUUACAAAAUCCCCAAAGACUCAUUCAAUUUAGCCUACACAAUCUAUUUCACUUUCAGCUCCGCCUUCUUCCUCUCCUGGAACGCCUUCCUCACUGUUAUCGACUACUUUUCCUACCUCUACCCUCAUGUCUCUGUGGACCGCCUCUUCACAAUCAUCUACAAGCCCGUCGGCCUCUUCUCUCUCUUCUUCAUCGUCGCAUAUGCCCACAAACCCUGUUCUUACCUUCGAGUCAAUGUGGGUUUGGCUCUCUUUGCCCUUUCUCUCCUCGUCGUCCCUGUCAUGGAUGUGGCUUACAUUAAGGGUCGCACGAGGUUGUAUAAUGGGUUCUAUGUGACCGUGGCGGCGGUGGCAAUUUCAGGUGUGGGAUGUGGGUUGGUGCAGGGUGGGAUCGUUGGGGCCGCCGGAGAGUUACCAGAGAGGUAUAUGCAGGCUGUUGUCGCCGAGAGUGGAGCUUCAGGAAGAGAAUUCGAAUUGAUUGGGUGGAGGAUUAAGAAGUUCACAUGUCUGUUAUUUGUAAUUUCAUAGUAGAUGUGCAAGAAUGAGUUUUGUACAUUGAUGUUUGUAAUUAUUUAUUUGUAACUCCUUAGUCGGAGCUUGGCAUGUAUUAUUAUUAUUGUUGUAUUCAUCAUGAGA